GGGAUGGCGCUUCAGUGGAGGUAACGGGAGUCAAACUACACGUGAAGAGUGCGUUUGACAUUGGGAGUUUGAAAGUGGAGAGCGACACAGUGAGGCUUCAGCCUCUCGUCAGGGAAACAUCACAGUUUAUCAACCCGAAUGUGACUUCAGUCUCUUCCCGUGAUAUUUAGCUAUACAUCAGUACUGGAGAUACCGUGAGGAAUAAUACAAAGUCUCAACAUGGGCGCGCACACGCUGCCGGAUCUUGUCGGUGAUUUUCAAUGAAAAAUGUUUUAUUUUUCGUAUCUUCGCUGUAAUUGGACAUCGGUCACGAAUUAUGUUUGUGAGAACAGUCGCCUGUAAGGUGCUUGAACUUUAAGGAAUACAAACUGCUUGACGGAUUCAUUUGACAUGGACUCAGUGGAUGAAUAAAUCACAUAUUCUGUCGAUACCAGUAGGCUAUAUUUUGUCCUGUCACUCAGUUUAUUUAUUGUCAUUUUUUUUGCUGAAAGUCCGAUGGACCGAGCAUCUUCACACAAUAAUAUACACGCAAUGAGGAAUUAAUGAAUAACUUAUUGUUUCGGAUAAUAAUCAGACAAGGUUUGGAAAUCUCACAAUGAGGCUGAAAUCUUCGAGGUUAGGUUACCUAUUCCUUCAAUUCAUGACUCUGUGUUUUUACACUCAGAUGACGAUGCAGUCCAUCUCUGUACCCAAUUUUAAGCACCAUGUAACGGAGCAGAGUCGUCUAUCGGACAGGAUGAGUCGGAGAUUAACAAGGACUUAUCAGCUCUAUAGCCGGACCAGCGGUAAACAUGUACAAGUCCUGGGCAAUAAGAGAGUCAACGCCAAUGGCGAGGAUGGAGAUAUUCAUGCUAAACUUAUUGUGGAAACCGACACGUUUGGAAGCCGGGUUCGAAUCAGAGGAGCAAAAACAGGAUACUACAUUUGCAUGAACAAGAGAGGCAAGCUUAUUGGACGGAGGAAGGGCCGUGGCAGGGACUGCAUAUUCACCGAGAUUGUUCUGGAAAAUAACUACACGGCUUUGCAGAACGCUAAGUACAAAGGCUGGUACAUGGCCUUUACACGCAAGGGCCGACCCAGGAAAGCCACGCAGACCCGGCAGCACCAGCGAGAGGCCCAUUUCAUGAAACGUCUUCCUCGAGGACACCUGUUAACAGAAAAGAAGCCUUUUGAUUUAAUCCCAUAUUCCCUCAACAAGAGGACUAAGCACCAUCAACGCACAAGCGUGAAUUGAGAAAGGGCAGUAUCAUAUCUUAUACCGGAGCUCUAUCUUAAUUUGAGUUUAUCUAAUGUAUGCGCAUCCAUAGUUCUGGACAUCAUGGUGAACUGUUGCUGUGUAAAAAAAAAAAAAAAAGAAAAGAAAAGAAAAGAAAAAAAAGGAGCCUGUACAGAUGAAUGACUGUACUACGAACAGUUUGUUCUGGGACAAUGACUGAACUGUUGACUGAACAGAGGACACCGUAAGGCUUGUAAUAAUGAGCAACACAUCUCUGGGAAUGAAACAAAACAACAGAACACAUGACACUCAAACACUCUCAGAAAAAUGUGCAAAAAUUGUACCUUUAGGGGUACAACAGCUUGUCACUGGGGCAGUACCCUUAAAUGGACAAAUUUGGACCUUAUUUACCCCUAAAAGUGUACAUAUUACUACUCUAAGGUAAGCUUACAUGUUAAAGGGUUAGUUCACCCAAAAAUGAAAAUUCUGUCAUUAAUUACUCACCCUCAUGUCGUUCCACACCCGUAAGACCUUCGUUCAUCAAAUUAAGAUAUUUUUGAUAAAAUCCGAUGGCUCAGUGAGGCCUCUGUUGUCAGCAAGAUAAUUAACACUUUCAAAUGCCCAGAAAGCUACUAAAGACAUAUUUAAAACAGUUCAUGUGACUACAGUGGUUCAACCUUAAUGUUAUGAAGUGACAAGAAUACUUUUUGUGCGGCAAAAAAAAAAAAAAAAAACGACUUUGCUCAAAACACUGCUUCAUGAAGCUUCGGAGCUUUACGAAUCUUUUGUUUCAGAAUCAGUGGUUCGGACCGUGUAUCAAACUGCCAAAGUCACACCCCCCAGUGGUGAACCGUUGAAAUUUUGAAACACUUAUGACAUAACAAAGACUCGUUUACUGAAAUCACGUGACUUUGGCAUUUUGAUACAUUCUCCGCACCACUUAUUUGAAACAAAAGAUUCGUAAAGCUUCAAAGCUUCAUGAAGCAGUGUUUUGAAAUCGCCCAUCACUAGAUAUUGUUGAAUAAAUUCAUUAUUUAGUUUUUUUUGGUGCACAAAAA